AUGGGUGCCAGAGAAUCCACGGGACGCCCACAGGGGAACGAUGCUGAACAGCAAGAAAAUACGCUUGACUACUAUCAGAUUUUGGAGGUAUCCGAAGAUGCUACUGCAGACGAAAUCAAGAAAUCUUUUCGACGUCUUGCUCUGAUUCACCAUCCGGACAAAAACCAUGCAGAUGUAGAAGAGGCAACGCGUAGAUUCGCCACUUUACAACAGGCAUAUGAGAUCCUGAGCGAUGAUCAAGAACGAGCUUGGUACGACUCGCACCGUGCAUCUCUUGUACCAGAAGCAGACGCGGAUACCGUCUUCGAGGAUAUCCGGAAGGGGACCACUACCUCAAGUCGUGUGAGGGAUAGAGGACUCACAGUCAGACACCUCGCUAGAUUUUUUGAGCCUACAUCUUGGAAAACCUUUGACGACGGAGAUAAUAGUUUUUUUACCAUAUACCGCAACCUAUUCGCAAGACUGGCGGCAGAAGAGUUGUCAUUUGGGCAAACCGAAACAUUUCCCUCAUUUGGAUACUCGACAUGGUCGUGGUCCUCAUCUGGCCCAGAAGACCCAGAUGACGCAAAGUCAUUCUAUAAUGCAUGGCUGUCAUUUGUCACAGAGAAAGAUUUCAUGUGGAUGGAGCAAUGGAAUACGGCAGAAGCACCUGAGAGGCGUGUUCGACGGCUCAUGGAGAAAGACAAUAAAAAAUUGCGUGAUGAUGCUCGCAGAGAAUAUAACGAGACUGUUAGAUCGUUAGUCAAAUUCGUUCGAAAGCGUGAUCCCCGGUACAAAAAGCAUCUCGAAGCCCAAGUAGCUGCCUCCUCCGCUCCAACCCCCACUCCCCAGAAAGUCACGCCAAGACCAAAGGAGAACAUUGGUGCCCUUUACGUUGAACAGGAAUGGCAAAAAGUCGAGACCAAAGGCCUGCAUGCUGACCUCGACUGGGCGGAAGCAGAGGGAGACAUGGAAGAAUGGGAAUGCGUCGCUUGCCGAAAGACGUUCCGCAGCGAGGCAGCGUGGAAUAGUCACGAGCGCAGCAAAAAGCACAUGAAAGAGGUGGAACGUCUGAAAUGGGAAAUGCAAGAAGAAGACGAGGCCCUGAAUUUGGAUGGUGAAUUUGAGGCGGAAGGGGCAGAAACACCGCCCAAAUCAGAUGUAGACGAUGACAAUGUCGAUGAUACCAAAGACCUGGCCACAGAACAAGUUCCCGCCCCCAAACCUUUGCCUAGCGAAGAUGGUCAAGGAAAACCCCCAGUUGACCCAUCUACAUCGACAUCCGAAUCGGCAACCAACCGCAAGAAUAAUAUUCCGAAACAUCGUGAGGAAGAAGACGAAAUCCCAUCCCGGCGCAGAAAGGGUCGGAGAAGAAACAACUUUGACAUCCUAGACGACGAAACCCAAGAAAAUCCGGAUUCAACACUGUCUCCUGAAACACAGAUUCCGGAUCGAGGACAGUCAACGCCCAUCCCCGAGUUAUCCAAGAAAGAAAAGCGGCGGGCCAAGCAACAAGCGAAACAGGAAGGACCCAAAUCCGACAAUGUCCUGGCGUGUAAUGAAUGCGGGGAAACUUUCCCUAGCAAGACAAAAUUGUUCAACCACAUAGCAGAGUUUGGUCACGCUUCAGCCGUCGCUGUUGAUGAUCAAAAAACCAAGGGAGGAAAAGGCAAGAAGCAACGCCGAUGA